AUGGCCGGGCGGCCGGCGGGGUUCGGGGCGGUGCUCGCGCUGCUCGGGGGCUGCGCGCUGGCGCUGCGCGGCGGCAUGCUGUACCCUCGGGAGAGCGCGUCGCGGGAGCGCAGGGAGCUCGACGGCCUCUGGAAAUUCCGCGCCGACUUCUCCGAAAAUCGGCGCCGGGGCUUCGAGCAGCAGUGGUACCGGACGCCGCUGCGGGAGUCGGGUCCCACCCUGGACAUGCCUGUUCCCUCCAGCUUCAAUGACGUGGGCCAGGAUGAGCAGCUGCGUAGCUUUGUCGGCUGGGUGUGGUAUGAACGGGAGGUGACCCUGCCCCAGCGAUGGACCCAGGACCCAGGCACGAGAGUGGUGCUGAGGAUUGGCAGCGCCCACUACUAUGCCAUUGUGUGGGUGAAUGGGGUCCAUGUGACAGAGCAUGAGGGAGGCCAUCUUCCGUUCGAGGUUGACAUCAGCAAGCUGGUUCAGACUGGGCCCCUGUCCACCUGCCGCAUUACCAUCGCCAUCAACAACACCCUCACCCCCCACACCCUGCCGCCAGGGACCAUCCUCUACAAGACGGAUACCUCCAAGUACCCCCGGGGUUACUUUGUCCAGAACACAAAUUUUGACUUCUUCAACUACGCCGGACUGCACCGGCCCGUGCUCCUCUACACCACGCCCACCACCUACAUUGACGACAUCACUGUCAUCACCGACGUGGACCAAAACACCGGGCUGGUUUCUUACCAGAUUGACGUCCAAGGCAGUGAAGACUUCCAGCUGGAAGUGUGCCUUCUGGAUGAGGAAGGCCAAGUCGUGGCCAGGGAUGUUGGGAGCCAGGGCCUGUUGAAGGUGCCCGAUGCCCACCUCUGGUGGCCAUACCUGAUGCAUGAGCGCCCUGCCUACCUGUACUCAUUGGAGGCGAGGCUGACUGCGCAGACGGCGGCUGGAUCCGUGUCUGACGUCUACACUCUCCCCGUGGGCAUUCGCACUGUGGCUGUCACAGAGAGCCAGUUCCUCAUUAACGGGAGUCCUUUCUAUUUCCAUGGGGUCAACAAACAUGAGGAUGCAGACGUCCGAGGGAAGGGCUUUGACUGGCCACUGCUGGUGAAGGACUUCAACUUGCUUCUCUGGCUUGGUGCCAACGCCUUCCGUACCAGCCACUACCCCUAUGCAGAGGAGGUGAUGCAGCUCUGUGACCAGUAUGGGAUUGUGGUCAUCGAUGAGAGCCCUGGCGUGGGCAUUGUGCUGAUCCAGAGCUACAACAACGAGUCUCUGCAGCACCACCUGGAGGUGAUGGAGGAGCUGGUGUGCAGGGACAAGAAUCACCCAGCUGUUGUGAUGUGGUCUGUGGCCAAUGAGCCCGCUUCCUUCCUGAAACCUGCAGGUGACUACUUCAAGACGCUGAUUGCUCACACGAAAGCCUUGGACCCAACCCGGCCCGUGACCUAUGUGACCGCCUCCAACUAUGAACUGGACCUGGGGGCGCCAUAUGUGGACGUCAUCUGUGUGAACAGCUACUACUCCUGGUAUCAUGACCCCGGGCACCUGGAGGUGAUUCAGCUGCAGGUGGCCACCGAGCUUGAGAACUGGCACAGGACCUACCAGAAGCCAGUUAUUCAGAGCGAGUACGGAGCAGACACCAUUGCAGGGUUUCACCACGAUCCACCACUGAUGUACACUGAGGAGUACCAGAAAAGUCUGCUAGAGCAGUAUCAUUUGGCUCUGGAUCAAAAACGCAAAGACUAUGUGGUUGGAGAGCUCAUCUGGAAUUUUGCUGAUUUUAUGACUAACCAGACACCGCAGAGAGUAAUGGGGAAUAAAAAGGGGAUCUUCACUCGCCAGAGACAACCAAAACACGCCGCGUUCCUUCUGCGAGACAGGUACUGGAAACUUGCCAACGAAACCAGGUCCCAGCAGUGGGCUCUGAGGGUACAGGGCCUGGGGAAGAGCCCGUGUACUCUGUAAAGCAAGAACUGCCUCUGGACUGCCCAGCCGUCAGCGCCUCUUCCCAAGGGAGGGGCCACGGCUCCAGCCCACGGAGAACGUGCCCCCCGGACUGUGGCAGACCGGCCAGUGUCUGGUCUGCAUUUUGUAGUCAUUGGCUAGAGGGAACAUGAAAGGUGAAAAUAAAGGCUUCUGUAAUAUGGGAAGUAGGAGUUGGCUCUGAGGUGAUCACUCCCUAAAUUGAACGCUCUGUGCUGCUGAAAAGUAUCUGAAAUUAUUUUUGUGUGUCAGGCUGUUGACACAGCCUUAACUGAGGAUGGACGUGUGAGAAGCCUUUGCUUCGACACUCACAGCACGGUCCGAGUUGCUGGUUACAGACUGUGCUUCCCAGGAGUAGCCCCGCAGCCGUAGGCCUCCCUGCUCUUGUUCGAAACCAGGCCAGGCUUGGCUGAGUGAUAAAAUACCACGGCUGUGAACUCCACAGAGGAGCUGAAGUCCCAACAGACUUACAGGAAGUGAUACGGUGCUGGAUAAUGAACAAGGUCCGUGUACUGGUUCCCAGUUAAGGGCUGAGGAAUGUCGCGAUUGGAAGGGAGCUGAGGUUACCAGAGCUUCCAGGACAUUGUCAUCCUCAGCCAUAGUCUGUUCUUGGCAGAAGUGGAGAUGGGCCUAAAAGCCCACUGACCUCAUCAUAACUGACUCACUGAUCGUGAGGAGACCUCUUUAAACAG